UCAGCUAAAAAAAAAAAAAACUAUCGAGUUGAGAAGAAACGAUGACAUGCAGCUCUGCUCUCCAUAUUAACUUUUAUAACCGCAUGACUAUGUGCAAGUUAUUAUAUUUAACAGUGUCGCUAGUGGUAGUAUGACGACUCAAACAAAGCUAAAGUUUAGAAAAAGACUGAAAUCCCAAACCACGUCAACUUCUCUGUCGUGGCAGACACAGGAGUCAGUGUGUGGGUACAAAGGAACCGAGAAAGACCUCAAACAUCAGGCUUUCUUACAAAAUGGACUCAGACAUCUGCCCUGCUGUUAAGUCAGCCUCAAACACCUUGUGUCCCGCUGCUGAUCCGGCUGAGCUACUCUCCGGUGUUGAGUUCAGCAGACAGACUGUGGCAGCAAGUCCAGGUUCAGCGGUGGAGGAUCUGGACUCUUACAACCCCAUCGAGCCUCCUCCUUUAGACUGGAGAUCUGAAUCCUCCAGCGAGGCAGGCUCAGCCGAUGACUUGGAGGACCCUAAUUUCCCUCCUGCUGUUGAAAAUCUGGACGAGGCCGGCCAAGGUGAGCCAGUAACACUACCGUCGGGCGUGAGUCGCACUGUGGCUUCUCUCGACAUGAGCCAGCAUGAGCUUCUGGGAAAUAUUGUAGAGCUGGUCAAGGAUAUUAAUGUUGAACUUGAAGAAGAGGGUGAAGAAGUGGAGGAUGAGGAAGGGGUUGAGGACAUGGAGGGUGACAGGGAAAAACAGGAGGGGGAAGCCUUGUGUGAUGUGGAGAGCAGAGUCGGUGAAGACGAGGUCGAGGUUGUCAAGAAGAGUUCAGGUGAUGAAGACCACAGCCGCAUUCACAGCCUGCUCAGCCAGCUCCAAAUGAUGGGUGAAGAGCCUCACUCCAGCCAGAGAACAGCACCUCACCUCAGCCAGCAUCACUACUCCAGCCGGUCUGAGCAUGAAGUGUGUGCGCCCUCCCUGAAAACAGAUGACAGCAGUGAGACCACUGGGCUCCUGUUCUCUGAGAGCCACCACAGAGACCUGCUGGGGCUGCUGCAAGUCACAGAGAUCGGCGCGACACCCGCUCCAAACCGCGUGCCCAUCAGAGGGGAGGUCGACGCCGUUGUGUCCGUUUCCUACAACCAGGAGGACACACCAAGGUUUUGGCGGCAUUAUGGGAACGGUCAACAGCAGCGGCACAGGGAGGACUCCCUCGCCUCCUUACCUGAUGAUGAGUACCCUGAACCAGUGUGGAUGAAGCUGGGCGAGGAGCCUCCAGACGAAGAAGAAGAAGCUGCUGCAGAGAGUGAGCAGAGUGAUGAUCAACCGUCAUAUAAAGACGUGCCUGGUCCAUGUGACCCGGAUGACCUGUUGGAUGGAGUCGUGUUUGGUGCAAAGUACCUCGGUUCCACUCAGCUCAGAUCCGAGAAGAACCCGUCCACAAAUGCUCGUAUGACCCAGGCUCAGGAGGCCGUGGACCGCAUCAAGGCUCCAGAGGGAGAGUCCCAGCCGAUGACGGAGGUGGAUCUGUUUAUCUCUACACAGCGAAUCAAAGUGCUCACCGAUGAUACACAGGAGGCCAUGAUGGAUCAUGCUCUGCAGAUGAUCUCUUAUAUUGCUGACAUCGGUGACAUUGUUGUCCUGAUGGCUCGGAGGAAACGUAAAGGGCAGGAUGGCGACUCUUCCUCCGGGUCUCAGAAGAAGUGUUUAAUGAUCUGCCACGUCUUCUCCUCUGCUGAUGCUCAGACCAUAGCCCAGGCCAUCGGGCAGGCGUUCGGAGUCGCCUACCAGCAGUUUCUUCAGGCCAAUGGAAUCAAGUCCAGUGAUCUGAGGCCCGGCGAGUACAGUGACUACCUGGAAAGUCAGGAGCUCUACAACGGAGACCUGGCCCACUUCUCGGACUCUCAGAACAUCAGAGACGUUGCCAUCACUAAAGCAGCUGGAGAGAUCCUGGGUCUGGCUGUGGUGGAGUCAGGCUGGGGCUCCAUCCUGCCCACAGUGGUGGUGGCAAACCUCCUUCACGGAGGUCCCGCUGAACGUUGCGGCGAGCUCAGCAUCGGCGACCGCAUCGUGUCUGUUAACAGCACGAGCCUGGUGGGUCUGCACAUGUCCGCCUGCCAGAACAUCAUCCGGGACUUAAAAGGCCAAAAGUACGUGAAGCUCAGCAUCGUUCACUGCCCACCAGUCACCAUGGCGAUUAUCAGGAGGCCAGAUCCCAAGUUUCAGUUAGGCUUCAGUGUGGAGGAUGGCAUUAUCUGCAGUUUAAUGCGGGGCGGGAUAGCAGAAAGAGGAGGCAUCCGUGUUGGGCAUCGCAUCAUUGAAAUCAACGGGCAGAGCGUCGUAGCCACACCACACGACAAAAUCAUCCAGAUCCUGACUAAUGCUGUCGGCGAGAUUCACUUGAAGACCAUGCCAUCUUCAACAUACCGCCUCUUAACAGGACAAGAGCAGCCGAUGUUUCUUUGAGCGCUUUCAGCUGCAUUAAGGACAAAAAUACUGCACAGUGUUCAAGCUCCCAGAACUUUUGCCAAACUCCGAAAAUAUUAUGCAACUGAUCAUACAGCUUGUAGAAAGCUGUUGUCACACCACUGAAUAAAACAAGCUAGUCUAGCUAUAUAUUUUUAUGAUGUAAAGUUCAUUGGAAUAUCAUGAAAGCAUAUUUUUAAGUGUCAGGGACGGAUGGUAGCUUUGCUGAGCUAGCUGAGAUGCAAUAAUUCAUAAAAACAUAUUUUUAACGUGUAUGACUUUUACAAGUACUAGGUAUACUGUAAUCUAUAGAGCUUUUCGUCUUCCAGCCUGGUGUGUCCAUUGUGCCUGAGUUGAACUUGCUUGCAGGGGGAAUCAAAUCAAUAUCUCACUCAUUGGGAUGUACUUCCAGUCCUUCACGUACACAUGCAGGUCCGUGCGCCGGUUCAUUUCGAUAAUGCUUCCCUGACUGUGCCUGACAGGAAGCAGAUAUUAUGCACACUUGAAGGUAACUGCCUUAUUUGAUGGAGAGAUACAUAUAUUUUUAAGAAUUUUCUGUUUUCAUUGUUCAUUAAAAUGACCUGUAAGAUAUCCUAUGGAUGUUAUUUAUUGAGAGUCUGUGGUCGCUGAAUUAUUUCAGAUGCAAAGUUGUUUUUAUAUAGGCAAUAUAUAAAUUGAAAUGACUUUUUAAAACAAAGUGACAUCCCUUCAAUGACUGUGCUUGGGCUGCUGUGUAUUAAAAUUUGAACAGCUGA